UAAGAGACUCGUCACAAGGAAACUCACCACUCGCUCUGUCACCAACACCCGCGUGUCUGUCGCUACUUGGUGAGGUGCUGUGGUGCCUCUCGAAGUGUGGAUGGAUUGAGGGGUCGCUUGAUGAUAAUGGUGAUGUCACAAGGGGCAGGCUGCCCUCUGGGACUGCUCUUCCUCAGUUCAGCACUGGUAGGAUUGGUGUGGUCGUCCCUUAAUACCGAUAAACCUCUCUCAGACAACCACCAGCUCUUCAACGAUCUCUUCCUCAACUACAACAAGCAUGUGCGCCCUGUGACCCAUCAAACCGAGACCACCUUCGUCUUCUUCGAGAUUGCUCUCUUUAACGUCCUCGCCCUGAAAACCCGGGAACAGAGGCUCAUCAUCAACACGGAAAUGAUCAUGAAGUGGAGGGAUCACUACCUGUCCUGGGACCCUGCCUCCUACAACAACACUGAGCUCAUUAUCGUCCCUCACACACACAUAUGGUAUCCUGAUAUUAUCCUAAUGAACAGUGCUGUCUCAGGCUACGAGCUAGGCAUCCUCAACACCAACGCCAGGAUUUACUACACCGGGGAGGUCCAGCUGGUCUCUCAUGCUUUCUUCCAGUCCACCUGUAACGUUGACACCCUCUGGUACCCCUUCGACCAACAAGACUGCUUGCUUAACUUUGCCUCAUGGACCUACUCAGCGGAGGAGUUACAGUUAGUUAAAGGCCCCGGUGACCUGACCGAAUACACCCCCCAUCCUGAGUUCUACCUGGAGAACUUCUACUCCGUCCUGCACAGCGUCCAUGACCCUUGUUGUAUCAUUCCUUUCUCCUUCGUCACGUACCACAUACAGGUGCAGAGGAGGGUCCUGUUUGCUCUCUUCUUCUUCAUCCUGCCUGGCACCAUCGUCAACGUGUGUGCCCUCAUGACCUUCUUACUGCCAGCGGAGUCCGGAGAGAAAGUCAGUUUGGCCACUAAUGCCCUCCUGGCCAUGAUGGUGUUCCUUAUGGCCAUGUCCCAGGAAAUACCUCCCACUCAGCAGAUCCCACUCAUCGGUCGAUACUAUGGUGGCAGUAUCCUGAUGCUCGGGGUAAACAUCAUCAUUUCAGUCAUAUCUCUUACUUGUCACUACAGCGUCGAUACUUCGGUUCCCAAUUCUAUCAGUAUCGUAUCUCAGUUCUUGGGUCGGUGGCUGUGGGUGACGCCUCCAGAAGAUCUCAAGGCCAAGUGGAAUGAGGAGUCCCGUAAGGCUGCUUGUCGACUGAAUGCCAAGAGUCCCCAGGCGAAGAUGGUGCAGGUGGAGCCACUAAACACACCUGAACGACACAAGGCUGACUCUAAUAUGGACGAGUACCAGCAACGUAACCUCGAGGCCCUGGAAGGCAUCCACUUUCUGCUGGCGGACAAAGAAAACAAGAAGUCCCAACAAGCCUCCUUGACUUCCGUCCGUGUGCUGGAGUGGCGUAACCUCUGUCAAGUGAUCGACCGAAUUUCCUUCAUCGCUUCCGUCAUCAUUUUCUUCAUUUUCGCUUUAGCGGUGUUGCUGUCUUCACCUCAAAAUAAGAACUUCACGUACUGUCCCGAGGGGCCUGGCAAUUGCCCCAAGGACUGGGAUGCGGACCACGUCGGGAAUAUGGUGGACUCUGGGAGGGCCAACGAAGUCCUACCGAAGUACAGUCAGAGCCAGGCCUCGCUCGCCUCUCCUGAAAUUCCCAUUAGUGAGGAAGACGGGACUUACCACGGCAUUACCGACCCCUGAUUUGGCUUCGAUACUAAAACUUUAAAGCGAUAAGUAUUUUAAGGCUUUGUUUUAGAGAUUCAGAGAUGACACGUUGCUGAUUAUUGAGACGUGUGUGUGUGUGGUGGGGGGGGGUGGGAACUUGAUCGACAAAUAAUAUACAAUUAACAUAAGUGAUGCAAAUAUGAUAUUUAGUAACAAGGUGGGGAAAAGGUUGUACUACUACUACAGGGCAUUUCAACUUAGUAAUAGUGCAAAAAGGUAAGAUUGACUGGGAGUGAAUAUACUAGUUAGCUACGAGUUGUUGAUAAUUUUUACAAUGGUUGGGACUAGGCUGUUCUUAAAACAACCAAAAGUUAAGAUUGACUGGGAGUGAAUACACUAGUUAGCUACGAGUUGUUGAUAAUUUUUACAAUGGUUGGGACUAGGCUGUUCUUAAAACGACCAGUACGUGUUCGUAUGAGCUGGAUGCGGUUGUAAUGUCGAACAGCAAUUCGCAGACGAGGGAUCUCGGGUGGUAGUAGGAGCCGGUG